AUGAACUUGCCGUUGGGCGAGAAUUUAGCAAAUGACACGGCCGGCACCUUAUCCUCGAUCAUCGUCUUCAGCAAUGUCCCGGUGGCCGUGUCCCAGAUCUUGCACGACCCGUCGUGGCUUCCGGACACGAUCAGCGAGCCGUCCCGGUUGAAAUGCACCGAGGUCACCGGCAUCGCGUGGGCCCGAAUCACGUGGACGGCUUUCCCUGUCUUGACGUCCCAAACCCUAACCGUCUCGUCGAAGGACCCGGAGACGAUUAGAUUCGACUGCGGGUUGAAAUUCACGCAGAAGACCAUGUCGGUGUGGCCCUUGAGCGUCUUCACGCACUCGGCGGCGCGUGCGUCCCAGAUCCGGAUCGUGGAGUCGGAGGACCAGGCGAGGUCGGAGACGCCCUCGGCGUGGCCGAUAAGGCGGGAGAUUUGGGAGAGGGUCUCGGUGGAGUACACGAUUAGGGUUUUGUCGAGGGAGGCGGAGGCGAAGAGCGCGCCGCUGUUGGAGAAUUUCACGCUGGACACGGCGCGUGUGUGGCCGGUGAGGAUCUUCUUGAGGCGGUAG